GUUCAUCAAGUCAUCGUGCGUUCACUUGAACUGCUCUCAGUGCGACAAUACCACAUGGCCAACCAUAAUUACUGUUAUUUAAAUAAAUCUGUAAAAUAACAUCGCGAUAAUGUAGUUUGAAUUAACUAAUUAUUAAUUCAAUUAUUUACAUUCACAAUCUGCUGCAGUGACAGUGACUGUGAAUUAUUCGUAGUCGUAAUUUAACAGUUGAUUAUUAAUUGUCUGCUGUAUAAUUUAAUUUUUACGUGAAAGUUAUCAUAUAUUUUUUAUGUUACCGUUAUAAAAAAUUACUAUAUAUACAUAUAUAAAUAUUUUUUUUAUAAAUUUACAUAUUUUAUUAAAAAUUAUACUGUUACUUAAAUGUUUAUUAUUUUUUUUUUAUUUCAAAAAUUAUUAUUUAAAUAAUUAUGUCUAAACAUAAUGAGAAUCCGAUUGUUGACGUAAUUAAAGUUGGGUCACGUAAAAGUGAGUUGGCGCUAAUCCAGACCAAUUAUGUGAUCGAUUGUCUGAAAGAUUUGUAUCCUAAAAAAAAAUUUGAAAUUGUGACGAUGAACACAAAAGGUGAUCAAAUAUUAAAUAUUUCUUUACCUAAAAUUGGGGAGAAGGCAUUAUUUACUCAAGAGUUAGAAUUAGCACUGGAGCAGGGUUCUGUUGAUUUUGUUGUACACUCGCUGAAAGAUUUACCCACGACUCUGCCGACUGGAAUGGCUCUUGGUGCUAUUAUGAAACGAGAAGAUCCACGAGACGCAGUAGUCAUGUCAAAAAAAAUGUCUGACAAAACGUUGAGUACUUUACCAUCUGGUAGCGUAAUUGGUACCAGUUCCCUGCGAAGGUCAGCCCAACUAGCUCGUAGUUUGCCGCACUUGGAAGUACGUAGCAUCAGAGGGAACUUAAACACGCGUUUAAAAAAAUUAGACGACAAAGAUGGUCCGUUUGCGGCAAUAAUUUUAGCUAUUGCUGGAUUGAAAAGAAUGGGCUGGGAAAGUCGCAUAAGUGAGCUAAUGGCGAUACCUAACGAGGAUGUAUUGUAUGCAGUCGGUCAAGGAGCACUCGGAAUAGAGUGCCGCGAGUCUGACUACAAGAUCCAAUCGAUUCUAGAACCACUUGCCGAUACCACGACAACUUUGCAGUGCGUCUGCGAACGUUCGUUUCUAAAAACUCUAGGAGGCGGUUGCUCAGCGCCUGUCGCUGUCGCCUCCUCGUUAAUUGACGGUAAUUUGAAAAUAACUGGGGCUGUUUGGUCACUGAACGGUGAUAUUUUUAUUAAAGAAACUCUCGCGACUAAAAUUUCUCCCCAAGAUGAUAACGAAGACGACGAGCCACCGUUAAAAUGUUCUUACGUCGAACCCCAACUUUAUUGCAGUGUUGCCCCCGGUAAAAUAAACAAAUUGAAUCUAAUUGAGGCUGAAAAACUCGGCAAAGAACUCGCUAAGAAAUUAAUUGACAAAAAUGCAUUAGAUGUUAUGGCAGCGGCUAGAAAUGAAAUACUUCAGUCUUAAUAUAAUGGGUGUCUAUAUAGGGAAUCAAUUAUUUUUUUCAAUAAUUUUUAAUUACUUUAAAAAGCUCAACUUAUUUUGUGGUAUAUUUUUUUUACCAUGUUGUUAUAUUAUCAUUGAUACGACUAUUUUAUUAAUUGAAAUUGUUAAGUACGUAACUUAUCUUCCAUUUUUUUUUUAUUGUUACCUGUUAUCAUUGACUAUCAAGUGUCUGUGAUUGCAAUGUAAAAUAAAAAUUAUUAAACAAAAAAAAAAUUGCUGUAAAUAUGUAG